GAGCUGUAAAGACGCUCUGGUUGUUAAGGCGACUCGUCCCACCUCCCGGGGACCGUUCUCCGCUUUGUGAUAGGCCCCUAGUACCAAGGAAUCCCGGCGUGGGCCGCGCGAGGGAAAAGAUGGCGGCGAUGGCAGUCGGAGGUGCUGGUGGCAGCCGCGUGUCCAGCGGGAGGGAUCUGAAUUGCGUCCCCGAAAUAGCUGACACACUGGGUGCUGUGGCCAAGCAGGGGUUUGAUUUCCUCUGCAUGCCCGUCUUCCACCCGCGUUUCAAGAGGGAGUUCAUUCAGGAACCUGCUAAGAAUCGGCCUGGCCCCCAGACAAGAUCAGACCUACUGCUGUCAGGAAGGGACUGGAACACACUCAUUGUGGGAAAGCUUUCUCCAUGGAUUCAUCCAGACUCAAAAGUGGAGAAGAUCCGGAGGAACUCUGAAGCGGCUAUGUUACAGGAGCUGAAUUUCGGGGCGUAUCUGGGUCUUCCAGCUUUCCUGCUGCCUCUUAAUCAGGAAGACAACACAAACCUGGCCAGAGUUCUCACCCACCACCUCCACACUGGCCACCACUCUUCCAUGUUCUGGAUGAGGGUGCCCUUGGUUGCACCGGAGGACCUGAGAGAUGAUGUAAUUGAGAACGCACCAACUACACACGCAGAGGAGUACAGUGGGGAGGAGAAGACAUGGCUGUGGUGGCAUAACUUCCGGACUCUGUGUGACUAUAGCAAGAGAAUUGCAGUAGCUCUUGAAAUUGGCGCUGACCUCCCUUCUAAUCACGUCAUUGAUCGUUGGCUUGGAGAGCCCAUCAAAGCAGCCAUCCUCCCCACCAGCAUUUUUCUAACCAACAAGAAGGGAUUUCCUGUCCUUUCUAAGAUGCAGCAGAGGCUCAUCUUCCGGCUCCUCAAGUUGGAAGUGCAGUUUAUCAUCACCGGCACCAACCACCACUCAGAGAAGGAGUUCUGCUCCUACCUCCAGUACUUGGAGUACUUAAGCCAGAACCGUCCUCCACCCAAUGCUUAUGAACUCUUUGCCAAAGGCUAUGAGGACUAUCUGCAGUCUCCGCUCCAGCCACUGAUGGACAAUCUGGAAUCUCAGACAUAUGAAGUGUUUGAAAAGGACCCUAUCAAAUACUCUCAAUAUCAGCAGGCUAUUUAUAAAUGUUUGCUGGACCGAGUACCCGAAGAAGAAAAGGAGACCAAUGUCCAGGUACUAAUGGUGCUGGGCGCAGGCCGGGGGCCUCUAGUGAACGCGUCUCUCCGGGCAGCCAAGCAGGCCGACCGGCGGGUAAAGCUCUAUGCCGUAGAGAAGAACCCCAAUGCUGUGGUGACGCUGGAGAACUGGCAGUUUGAAGAAUGGGGGAGCCAGGUGACAGUUGUCUCAUCGGACAUGCGGGAAUGGGUGGCUCCAGAGAAAGCAGACGUCAUCGUCAGCGAGCUCCUGGGCUCCUUCGCAGACAACGAGCUAUCGCCAGAGUGUCUGGAUGGAGCCCAGCACUUCCUGAAAGAUGAUGGUGUGAGCAUCCCUGGAGAAUACACCUCCUUCCUGGCUCCCAUUUCCUCCUCUAAGUUAUACAAUGAGGUCCGAGCCUGCCGGGAGAAGGACCGAGACCCUGAGGCACAGUUUGAGAUGCCUUAUGUGGUUCGGCUGCACAACUUCCACCAGCUGUCUGCUCCGCAGCCCUGUUUCACCUUCAGCCACCCCAACCGAGACCCUAUGAUUGACAACAACCGCUACUGUACCUUGGAGUUUCCUGUGGAGGUGAACACCGUGCUGCACGGCUUUGCGGGCUACUUCGAGACUGUGCUUUAUCGCGAUAUCACCCUGAGUAUCCGCCCAGAGACUCACUCUCCGGGGAUGUUCUCCUGGUUCCCCAUCUUCUUCCCCAUUAAGCAUCCCAUCAUGGUGCGUGAAGGCCAGAGCAUCUGCGUGCGCUUCUGGCGAUGCAGCAACUCUAAAAAGGUGUGGUACGAGUGGGCGGUGACGGCACCAGUCUGUUCGUCUAUUCACAACCCCACCGGGCGCUCCUACACCAUUGGCCUCUAG